AUGGCUACGCUCUCGAUCACUGAGGAAGAGGCCUCGAUGCCCAAGAACCCUGACCUCGAGCUGGCCCAAAAGAGAUUCCUUCUCACGCUCAACGAUGAAAUCGUGCCCCCCGAGGAGAAGCAGACCAUCAAGGACGAGCUCUUUGAGGCUGUCAAGAAAGACAACAUGCUGCCAUUCUACCAAGCUCUGUGCGAACAGUUCAAAUGGAAGGUCGACACCGCGCUGGUUGAGACCAUGAAGGCCGAGAUUGAGAAGAAGGUGAAGGAAUUGAACGACACGAUCGCUGAUGCCGAAGAGAAUCUGGGCGAGAGCGAGGUGCGAGAGGGGUUCCUCGCGAGGGCCGACUUCUACUGCAGAAUCGGCGACAAGGAGAAGGCCAUCCAGGCGUUCAGGGAGACCACAGAGAAGACCGUGGGUCUUGGCCAGAAGCUGGACAUCCUCUUCACUCUCAUCAGGAUGGGCUUCUUCUGGAACGACAACGAUCUCGUCACCAGAAACAUUGAGAAGGCCAAGAGCAUGAUCGAGCAGGGUGGUGACUGGGACAGGAGGAACAGGCUCAAGGUCUACGAGGCUCUCUACAACGCGUCCAUCCGCAAAUUCUCGGAGGCGGCCACCCUCUUCCUCGAGGGCCUCGCCACCUUCACUUCCUACGAACUCUGCACAUACAACCACUUCAUCUUUUACGCCAUCCUCAUGUCCGCCGUGUCCAUCGACCGCGUCAACCUCAAGAAGAAGGUCACCGACGCGCCCGAGGUGCUGGCCGUCAUCCGCGACCCCGAGCUCAGCAGGGUGGGCGACCUCAUCAACUCCAUCUACAACAGCGAGUACGCCACUUUCUUCCAGAGCUUGGCUGAGGUCACCGACCGAGUCAAGCGGGAUCGCUACCUGGCCGUCCACGUGCGAUACUACUGCAGAGAGAUGAGGAUCAAGGCCUACGCCCAGUUGCUCGACUCCUACCGCAGCGUGCGCCUCGACUCCAUGGCCAAGGCCUUUGGCGUCACUGAGGAGUUCCUCGACAGGGAGCUGUCGCGGUUCAUCACCACUGGCCGCCUGCACUGCAAGAUCGACAAGGUGGACGGCAUCGUCGAGACCACGCGUCCCGACUCGAAGAACGCGCAGUACCAGGAGAUGCUCAAGUGCGGCGACGCCCUUCUCAACCGCGUCUCCAAGCUCUCCAGGAUCAUCAACCUGUAA